AUGGAUAAUGCAUGGUUGAGGCGCAUGUAUACACUUAGAAAUAAAUGGGUGAAGUGCUACUUGAAAAACACAUCCACAUUAGGUAUUCGAAGUACACAACUCAGUGAGAGUUUGAAUAGUGAUUUGAAGGAGUAUUUGAAGUCAACUUUGGAUGUUGUGCAAUUUUUUAAGCACUUCGAGAGAGUUCUUAACCAGAAACGUGGCAAUGAAUUAAAAGCUAAAUUUGAAGCAAGAAACAAGUUGCCACGACUUGUAAAUUCAAUAUCAAUUAUCCAGAAACAAGCUGGGGAACUUUACACUCCUACAAUUUAUGCGUUAUUUCAAGAGGAAUAUAAUUGGAUGACUGUUUGUUGCAUCAGAGACCGAACUGAUAGAAUUCCCUUCAUUGAUUUUCGGGUUGGGAUUGUUGAUGUAGAAGGUGAAUAUCAAGUAUGUUGCAACCCGCUUGCUGGAAUUAUAGGUUGCGCUUGCAGGAAAUUCGAAACAGAUGGUCUUCUUUAUUGCCAUUGUUUGAAAGUUUUAGAUGUGCUCGACAUAAAGCGUAUUCCUGAUUCCUACAUUUUGAAGAGAUGGACACGGGGAGCAAGAACUAUGGUAGUUAAUGACAAUAGGGGAAAGAAAUUGAAGAGGAUGUCAACCUGGACUGUACACAGCGAAGCUUCUAACACAGUUGAGGGUUACGAAUUGAUGAAAGAUGCUGCUAAUGAAUUAAGGUUGAAGGUUGGUAAUAUUAGAAUCAACCCAGCCGAUUGCCCUGAUAUGCGAAUAUUGCCUGAUUUCUCAACUGACGAGUCUAUUUCCCAUAUUUCAUCUCAAGCAUAUGCAGUUCAUCAAUCACAAGCAUCUGCAGUUCAUCAAUCACUAGAUGAAGACUGUUAUAACUGCAAUCUCUAUAUGAAUGUUUUGGAAUCUUCAUUGUGCAAGUUUAUUAAUCAUAGAUUUACUUACAUUUCCGAAUUCAAAUGUACCUGUCUUCUUUAUGUUCAGAAAAAGGCGGGAAGCAAGAUAGUUGUGGAGGAGAUACUAAGGGUCCUCAAGGAAGCAGAGUGGGAACCAAGUUUGCACUGGAAGUCUUUUCCAACUGAAUUUUCUGAGGAUUCCCCAUAUGACCUCGUUGCAUUUGAUGGGAAGACUACCAUCAACCCCUCAGAGUGGACCUUUCAUAGGAAGAUACAGCGGGACUAA